CUUACUGUGGAUACAUUUAGCAGCCUAUUAUAUGGGCACUGCUGAAAGUGAUCGUAUCGAGACCAAGAGUUUUAUGUUCCUCUAUGACCCUGAAACGGGAUUUUUUGUAGGUUACAACCAUUUAGCCUGCUUUGUUGCUAACUUGACAGAUCUAGAGAAGCAGGAUGUGCACACGACCUCUGGAAUCAUAGCUUUAGAGCUGAAAAUGAUCAGAGACUGGAUUGGUAAUGUUCCUGAAAUCCACAUUUACGCUGACGACCCAAUGCUGUCCAUUCGGCUUCAACACAUGUGCAGCCACCUGCUUAUCUACUUUCUAGACAGGGAUACUCAAACGGGCUCACAAACAACUCCAGUGAUUGCUUCUGCAGCACUGCAUGUUCCAACAACAAAGCCUUUCGUUGUCACAGCUACAAGUCCUACGGUAGUAGGUCGGUCUGUUUAAAACUUACCAAAUGUAUUGAGCAGCCAUCCCCUGGUAUAUGCAAAGUAUUGUAUAUUGUGA